GUCACAUCCUUCAUUAUUAUUACCUUGGUGUGUGUUGAAUAUCGGAGAUAAAGAAUGGCUGAGAGAAUGGCUGAGGACGAGAUUGUUCCCUUGGUAGACCAAGACAAGACCUCAACUACAGAUGUGUUUAGGAUAGUUCUGGUGGGUAAGACUGGAGCAGGGAAGAGUGCAACCGGAAACACCAUCCUGGGGAAAAAGGUGUUUGAAGUGGACCCCUCCCUUAAUUCUGUGACUGACAAGUGUCAAAAAGAAAUGGGAGAGGUUUGUGGGAUGCGGGUGCAUAUCGUUGACACUCCAGGCAUCUUCGAUACAGCGAAGACGGAUGAGGAAGUGAAAAAGACAAUAGAGGAGUGUGUCAACAUGUCUGUCCCGGGCCCCCACACAUUCCUGCUGGUGAUCAGGCUGGGGGGGAGGUUCACAGAGGAGGAGAAGAAUGCCGUGAAGUGGAUCCAGAAGAACUUUGGAGAGGACGCCUCCUUAUACACCAUCUUGCUGUUCACCUGUAAAGAUCAGCUGAUGGGGAAAGAAGUGGACAACAUUCUGAAAGAGUGCAAGGAGCUCCAGAAAGUGCUGAACGUCUGCGGGGGCAGAUAUCACUCGUUCAAUAACAACGACGAUGACGAUCCAGGUCAGGUCACAGGCCUUCUGAAGAAGAUAAAAGACAUGGUGGAGUUUCGCGGAGGAGAUUACUACACCAAUGAGAUGUACAAGAAGGCUCAGGAAAAGAUCAGAGAGGAGGAGAAGAUGAGGAAAGCUGAGGAAGAAAGGCAGAAGCAGGAGCAGGAAAGAAUGAUAGAGCAAAGAAUAAGAAGGCAGGGGGAAGAGAAUGGGAGAAGAAAGAUAAUGUUCUGUUUGUUAUUGGCUUUUGCAAUUCUGUUAAUCAUAGUAGGGGGGUAUAUACUAGGUCAUGUAAGGGGAACAGUGGGAAAUGCUAUUGGAAUACCAUUAAUUCUUGUAGGAGUCGUAAUGGCAGGUGUCAUGAUAGCUAUGAUUUUCAAGACACAAAGAAGUGGAGCUGACACAAAUGUGUAACAUUGGGCCUGGUCCAGACAGAUCUGAAACCUGGCGCCUAUGAACCUAAUGAGAGCCAGUCAGAGUUGAGCCCUUGCAGCUUUGGUUUAGCGAAUUUAGAAUUAUAAUGAAUUUCUUUGGUCCACAUUAAUUUUUCCAACAACACAAGUAAUCAACUGCAAAAUCAGACAACCCCAUAGUAGAAUAGUUCACCUAUUCAAUUGGUCAGCUUGUCGCAUUCUAUGUGAGAAAAUAAUAUUUAUCUUGAGGCGCUUUCAAAUUGAGUGCCACAAGGAGAGAAACAUGCAUGCCCAGUCAUUACACAACAUUCAGCGUUGAUGGCUACUGUUAAAAGAGGAGGAUCACAGCUUUCUAGUGCUUUUACAUUUAUUUCUCAACUGCGAAAUGCACACUUUUAAAACCUGAGUUUUUAGCCGCAGCAUGGAUUAGCUGUUUUAGCGCUCACCAAUGGCGUUGAAUGCAUAGCGGAGACCGAUGCUAAAUGUAACUUGACUGAGUGCCAGUGGAACAUUUUUUGGGGACAUUCAAUUCAUCAAUAUGUUGCUAACUAGCAAUAAGAUAAGGUUUAUAGUUUGUGACCUAGCUAAUGAUAUAGCCACUAUGCUGCAUCAGUUGGGCUACAGGUAAUACUUGUUAUUGAUAAAUAGCACACCUGCUUGAUAAUAUGGACCAAUAUGUUAUUGGCAAAUUUCUGGAGGGGGUAUUUAUAUAUUAGAUGGUGUCAGAAUAAUUGUAUUUUCAUUCAUUUUGGAGUAGAAUGUCCUUUUGAAAAAGUCACCAGAACGGACCUUCGUUCUACAAAACAUUUUUUAGGUCCCUCUGUGACCUUGCCAUCAUUGCUACAAAAAAUCCAGGGAAACACUGACCAACGAUGUUUUAGUUGUUACAGCUUGGAUACUUACUUUUGUUUACCACUAUGUUAGAUUAUUCUUUAAUCCUUUACCAGUGCCUUCAUUUUAAUAAAAAUAAUAAUGAACAUAUUUUGGGUGUAGAAGCUUAAAUAGCAAUGAAGUUACCAAGUAAACAUCCCUGUGUGCAAAUAGUUUAGUAAAAACAGGAAAUUCAUCAUUAUUUUUUAACAAAAGGGAAUUAUGAACAUGUUUGUAACUUUAGCUGAAUUUCCAGUGGACUAUGUUUCAUAUAUCUAGUUGCAAAUGGUUAAAAACAAAUAAAAAGUGAAACUGUU